AUGAGUAAAAGAAGAGUAGACGAAGACGAAGUCGAAGAAGAUUCAGACAUUGAUCUCAGUUCUACUGAUGAUGAAAAUGAAGAAGAAGUGAAUGAAGAAGGAGACGAAGAAGGAGAUGAUGAAGAUGAAGAAGUUGUUAAUGUUGAUUUUGAUUAUUUUGAUUUAAAUCCUGAAGUUGAUUUCCAUGCUACCAAGACAUUCCUUCGUCAAUUAUUUGGUGAUGAUGAAGCUAAGAUUGAUAUUUCUGGUUUAGCAGAUCUUUUACUUAAAAAAGGUAGUGCUGGUACUACUAUUAAAACUGAAGGUAUAGAAAGUGAUCCAUUUGCUUUAUUAUCAGUAAUUAACUUAAAUGAUAAUUUAACUAAACCAGCUAUAAAAAGUGUAUUAAAUUAUGUAUAUGAAAAGACAUCUACUCAAUUACAAUUCAAUUUAUUUUUAAAAAAGUUACUAUCAACAGGUAAAACCACUAAAGAUUCUACUAAACAAUUAAAAGUUGGAUUAAUUAUUAGUGAAAGAAUGAUAAAUAUGCCAGUUGAAGUGGUACCACCAAUGUAUAAAAUGUUAUUAGAAGAAAUGGAAAAGGCAGAAGAUGCUCAUGAAAAAUAUGAAUUUGAUUACUUUUUAAUCAUAUCAAAAGUAUAUAAAUUAGUUCAUGCUAAUAUUCAAGAUGACGAUGAAGAUGAAGGUAAUAAAUCAAAGAAAAAGAAGAAGACUAAUCAAGAACCGCAAGUUGAAAUGGAUUAUUUCCAUUAUGAAGAUAUGAUAUUGGAAGAUGAUUGUAAAUUCAAGGGUAUUUAUGAUUAUUCAACCGUUAAGCAAGAUACUGAUUCAAGAAGAGUAUUUACUGAUUAUGGUAUUGAUCCUAAAUUGAGUUUAAUCUUCCUUGAUAAAGAACAGUUGGCCAAGUCUGUUCCAAUCAUGGCUGAAAAAUUCCCACCUUUCUAA